AUGCCAGAACGAAACUUUAGGUCGUUCAGCGGCCGUUCCUUUCUUUCCUAUACGCCCAUCCGCUCCAUCUCCUCUGGCAGCAGCAAAUGGUCUUCCCUUAGUCCUUCCACAGAUUCGACAGCAUCCUGGCCCACGCCUUCGAAAUCACUGAAGGGAAACUCGAGGUGUCCUCGCAUAUUUUCUGUACCCGGGUUCGCUUCCAUUCGGCAGCAUGCAUCUCCCAAACAAAUUGCCUUCGUCCUCGCCGGCAUUGCCUUUCUGCUUGUGCUCCUGCUACCAGCCCAUACGAGCCAACGCUCCUCUAUAGCAGACGUCCAUUCCCUAGGUGGCUCCCAACCAAUUCGUGCCUACUUUCCCGAAGAUGCCAAUAAGAAAGGACCGGAUCCAAUACGAUGGCUUGAACAGAACUCUAACAACAAAUAUGCUGUAUCGAAGGGUCUUCCUGCUCCCUCGUUGGGUUGGAAUAGAAGGCCGAAGGCGGCGUUGAUUAGUCUAGUGCGGAAUUCGGAGCUGGAGGGUAUAAUGCAGAGUAUGCGACAAUUGGAGUUUAGGUGGAAUAGGAAGUAUCAGUACCCAUGGAUCUUCUUCAAUGACGAGCCGUUCACAGAAGAAUUCAAAGCCGCGACCAAGAAACUUACAUCUGCGAAAUGCUACUAUGAAGUUGUUCCGAAAGAACAUUGGUCACUUCCUGACUGGAUUGAUCAGGGGAGAUUCAUGAAUAGUCUAGAGUAUCUCGGAACUAUUGGUGUCGGGAAAGGGUGGCUGGUCAGCUAUCAUCACAUGUGCCGCUGGAACAGUGGGUUCUUUUACAAGCACCCCUUUCUGAAGAAUUAUGAUUUCUAUUGGAGGGUUGAGCCAGAUGUGCACUAUUUCUGCGACAUCGACUACGAUGUCUUCCGCUUCAUGCGGGACAAUAAUCUCAAUUAUGGCUUUAAUAUGAAUAUCCUCGACGAUGCUCGCUCGUUUCCCUCCCUCUGGACUCGUACCCGCAACUUCGCAGCCACUCACCCACAUCUCAUCCAUCCUGAAGCAGACCUAGGCUGGCUGCUUGACCCAUCAAAUGGCGGAGAAUAUAACAGCUGUCAAUUUUUCUCCAACUUCGAGAUCGGCUCUCUGAAUUUCUGGCGCGACGAAGCGAACGAAGCGUACUUUGACUGGCUUGACAAAGCGGGCGGCUUCUACUAUGAGCGCUUCGGUGAUGCUCCAGUCCAUACUCUGAGUGUUUCAAUGUUUCUCCCCAAGAGGGAGAUUUGGUAUUUCAGGGAUAUUGGGUAUCAACACGAUAUAAAUCAUCAUUGUCCCCCGCAUCGAGAGGGGAAGUGUAGUUGUGAACCAACGAGGAUAGAUGAAAAUUUCUAUAGACUUGUUCCGUCGGAGAGCACGCAGAGGAAGCCGAGUGAUACCUGUAUUAGGCAGUUCCUUGGAGGUGAGUGGUUGAAGAAGAAGGAGGGUUGGACGAUGUUGGGAGAGAAGGCUUUUGGUGGGGAUGGAUAUCAUGGGUAUGAGCUUGUUGGAGAUGAGUGA